AUGUCCGUCGUUCUCACAUUCAAAAUUAAACCAGAUUCUGUAAAUAUUUCAAAUCGAUUAAACUAUCCCAAUGAAGAAUUCCUGCAAAAAGAAGCUUUCCGCAAUCAGCAUAAUCAAUUGGUUAAUUAUUUGGAUAUUAUUGAGUUAAAUAUAGUUGAACAGGUUUCCAGAAAAUCUUCAACAUUCUUUGAAGCUAUCCAGUGUCAUGAUGUGAUACGUGAAGAUUUAAGUCAAGCUAUUCGUCAAAUUAAAGAUUUUCGACGUAAAUUGCAUGAAAUUAAUACAUUGACUAUAAUUGACAAGAUGAAAUUGUUACGUGUUGUUAGAAGACGGGAAAACUAUCGACUGGUUGUUAAUAAGUUAAAAUUAAUCGCGAGUCUUCAAGCUACACAACCUACUAUUCAAACUCUAUUGAGAAAUAAUGAUUUUUGUGCUGCCCUGGAUUUAGUGAGCACUACAAAAGAAUUAUUACAUUCAUAUUUGAUGGUGAACUCAACUUCCAGUGAUUUAUCAUCAGAUAAUGUGAUGGACCAGCCUGGUAAUAGAAAUUUAACAUCUAGGUUGAAGAAGAAUUCAACUACAUUUCUUUGUCUACGUGAUUUCGAUGCUCAACUAAGUGGCAUUUCCAAUUUCGUACAUAAAAUGGUCGAAUCAGAAUUUGACAUUUCAUUGUGUCGAUUUUUGGAUCCACCCAUUGAAGAAUAUGGUGGAUUCCAUGACCCAGAUAUUUUAUCGUGUUUUCUUGGUUUAAUACGAAUUAAUCGGUUGGAUUUUGUGAGUGGUUUUCAUGCAGAAAUGCUCAAAAGAGUUAAAGAUAUAUUCUGUCAACAUAUCACUUCAGUUACACGACCUCCAGGAAAUGAUAGUGUUACAGAUUCUUCUACAACAAUAGGAUCUAAUGCAACUAAAUCAUCUACUUCUGAUCAACUGCGUAAUAUGCCAUGUGAAAAUUGGAUGACGUUUUUAGUUAAUCUAUGCAAUGACAUAAAAUAUUUACUAAUUCGUGGACAAGACGUUGUGGAUAUAUUCGAAAAUAACCUGUGUUCUAAUCAUCAGUCAAAUGAAACUGUUGAAAAUAGUACUGUUAUUUUGUCUACUCAUCAACCUUUAAGUACAAUUAGUGUGCAUAAAGCGAAAGAACUUGCUAAAUGCAUGCAUAAAACUUUAUGGAAUACAGCUAAUAUAUCCCAGAAACGUUUAUGUUCAAUUGUUUCAUCUCGAUUUCGUCUUGGCUCUAUUCAAUUAAUGGAACCAAAGUUGACGACAUCAGUAGCAUUGUCUUCAACUGUUGAUUUAUCAGUGAAUUCACCAAAUCUACAACAAAGACAUUUGUCUACAACUUCAAUAAUGGAUAUUCCAUGUACAACAGUGUUUAAUGAACAUGUAUUUGAUAAAUUUACUUGGAGUAACUUUAGAGAACUAGUCAAAAUAUUGAGUAUUUUCCAGGUAUAUGUUCUUCGAGCAUGGUUGAAAUUUUCUGAUAUUCCAAUUAAAACAAUAAUUUAUCAUCAAUCGAAUUAUUCAGAAAAUUGUUUACAACCGAAUGUACAUUCUUUGAAUAAAUCACAGUCUUGUGUUAAAAAAUCAACGAUUCUUUUAAAUAAAAAAACUUCAAAUGAUGUUAUCCCCUCUUCCAUUAUUAGUUCUAACACUAAUGAUUGUAUAUCUAAUAACCAAUACAUAUUUAAUAUUCAAUCCGAUUUAAUCUUACGUGAUCUUGUACUUGAUAUGAUUAUACUUAUAAUUGACCGAUUUCAUCGUGAAAAUUAUGAUAAAAUAAAUAUGUUAUUGGAUCAAGAAAGAUGGCAAGCAGCUAUUUGUCCAGAACAAGUUCAACAAAUGAUUAAUGAUAUAUCCAUAGAAGUAGGACAUUGUAAAAUGAAGAGUUCACAACUGACCAACGAACAUUCUCCUUGUACACCGAAUCAUAAUAAUUUGAUUCAAUCAACAGAUAGUGUGGUCUCUACACCCAAUUAUAUUUUUCUAAAAAAUGAAGAGUAUACUGUAGUUCGUACAGUUAUACUGUUGUUGCCAAUAAUUAAUGGUUAUGUAAAAUUAGAUGAAAAAUUACCUGGUCAACCGUUAACUACUGAAUUUGUUUCAGAUCGUUUAGCCGAUCUACUUAAUCAUUUCAAUUCCCGUGUUUGUCAACUUGUACUUGGUGCUGAGGCAUGUAAACGGGUCGAUCUACAACGUAUAUCUGCUAAAAAUCUUGCCUUGACCCUGCGUAGUCUACAAUUGGUUGUGCAAUUUUUACCAUGUAUACAAUUCUUGUUAAACAGAAUAUCUAAAACGGAGUUUAAUAAAUCAUCAUCAACUAGUGUCGAUAACCUUCUUAUUGCUUCAUUAUAUCAUUCUAACAGUCAAGGGAUAAAUCGAAUAACAUUAAAUGGUCUAGACCAUAUUGAAAAACUGUUUAAUGAACAUAUUGAAAGUAUUUUACAAAAACUUGUUCAAUUAUUAUCGGAUCCAAUUGGUCCAAUGUUUUCUAAUUGGUAUGGUCGUCCUCCGAUACCAAGUAAACAAAUGGAUGAAUUAUGUCGUAAUUUAUCGAAAUUAAUCGGAAUGACUAAAAAUGUACUACCUGCUAAAACACUUACGUCUAUCCUGUUGCGUGUUCAUAAUGAAUUAAAGGUGCAGUUACGUCAUCGUAUUAGUGAACUUGGUAUUGUUGCCGAUGGUGGACCCCAACAUAGUUAUUGUUAUACAAAUUGAAAUCAUAUUUAUACAAGAUUAUACAUAUGAAAAUUCAAUAAAAUUAUGUAUUAAAAUCAAACUGGAUAAGUAAUUGAAUUCGAAUGAUAAAUAAUUUGUACUAAUUUCAUUGUUUCUAUGUUAAUAAACAUGGUAACAAGAGUAAAUAUGAAUGUUUAAAAUAAUAUUACUCAUAGUGAUAUGAAGAGUAAAUAUGAAUGUUUACAAUUUAUUUCAUUGUAUAAGAUUUACAUAUGUGGUCAUAUUGUUGAAGUAAUAUCAAAAGUAUGAGAUCAUGUAUGUAAUAGAUUGAAUAAAAUGUGAAUUGAAAGGAUACUUCACUUAUACAAAUACACAGAGAGAGAGACAGAGAUAAUGCGAGGAUAGAAUUAUAAUGCAUCAUAGUUGUAUUCAAUAACUGAACAUUAAAACUAAGAAAUCAUCACAGUUGGUAAGGAUACAGAUAAUUAAUUUUAAAAUGAUGUCAUUGAUCCGAAUAACAAAUAAGCAAAAGAGUAUUCAAUAUUAAAUUCUUUAUCUUGUAUCAAUAUUUUAUUUAUAAUGAAAGAACUUUUCUAGAAGGAAGUUAAAUAAAUAAAAAUAUUUAUAAAGUGCUCAAUUGUGAACAUUCAGUUUCAUUUUCAUUUAUGGGAAUUUUACCUCGUGUCCGACGUGGACAACAUCCAGUACCAGUUAAUCGAAAUGAAUAAGCUGAACUUGGCAAAUUAUCUAAUCGGCUAGCCAUUGGAUAUAAGAAAAAUGGAUAAACAAUUAAACCAAAUAGAACUGAUAAUCCCACUUCUAUAUAAAAACCAUCUAAUUGUGUAACACAUGUUCCAUGAAUAGUUUCACAGGCCUAAAGAAGAAAAUUAACACAAGACUAAUAAAUAUUGUUUUAUCUGUUACAAAUUUUACACUUAAACAAAUGAUUGUUUUAACCGAGUCGACACACUAUGGAAAAAUCAGUUAGAUAAAUAGUUUCAACGAAUGGGCUUCCUGAUCUUCCAUUAAUUCAGUUUGACCUAGUACACAUUUCAACAUUUAUCCACGCUUCUAGUUGACAAAUUUAAAAUUUGUCGUGUAUAAGCUGUACGUAUAACUGACAAAAUUAGAAAGAACCGCUGUGAUGGAAAAUGGUUUUUCUCCCGAAAAUGAGAACUUAACUAAGAUAUUCUUCAUGAACAUUAGGUUCAAAGAAGAUAUGUCAGUAGAGAUCAUGAAAAGCCGAUUGUUGAGAUCUUUAAGAAAGACAUAUUCAGACGAGCUACAAAGUGCUUUUCAUAAAAACCUGAUCCGAAGGUAUAGCAAGGAUUAACUAGAAGUUUAUGUCACCUCAUUAUGAAUCUAUCAGUUGACUUUCUCUUAUUAACUAGGUUGUGGUGGCUGCUUUCUCUUUACAAUGGCAUACUCAAACAUUAUGUUAUGUAGCUAUCUAGUAAUUAUUUACAAAGUCAAGCAAACUGGCUCGGAGAGAGCCUGUGUUAGAAACCUGUGCAUAACAAUGGCUUAUUCUUGUUCUCUUUAUUCAGAGGCAACAAGCCAAAUACCUUAUUUCCCUCUGCAUUUAAUCCUGCUUUAAAUGCCAUAGCUUUUCAUCACUAAGCUUUUGUUUCUCCAUUGUAUUCGUCAAGUGGACAAGUA